UUCAGGCUCGUCUGAACUGUUCGGUUCCCGGAGAUUCGUUCUUCUACUUCGACGUCCUUCAGUCUCUGACCAACGUGCUGCAGAUCAACCAGAGACCGGCAGUGGUCGGCGUCUUCACCACGCAGGCCAACAGCAUCCCCGGCUCGGCCGUCUGUGCAUUCUACAUGGACGACAUCGAGAAGGUUUUCAACGGGAGGUUCAAGGAGCAGCGGACGGGCGACUCGUCCUGGACGCCGGUCCCCGACGAGCUGGUUCCCCGACCGCGGCCAGGCACGUGUGCGGGUGACGGUGCGGCGGCCGACGUCAGGUCGUCGGUUCAAUUCCCCGACGAGACGCUGACGUUCAUCAAGUCGUUUCCUCUGAUGGACGAAGCCGUUCCCUCGGUCAACAACAGACCCUGCUACACCCGGACCGCCAGCAG